CUCUUAGGCACACACGUGCAACUCCAAAGGAAUUUUGUUUAAUUUUUUAUUGCUUAUUUCUACGUAUUUUAAUUAUUAUUAUAACUAAAUACAAUGAAGAAUAUUUCGAAGACGGAUCCCCAGGGAAAGGGAAAGCAUCAGUUGCACAAUGUUCGAUUCUACACGAUAAAACCGCGUGGUAUUGUUAGUUUGGCCUAUAGCAAAUUGAGCAAGUGCCUCGCUUUGAGUCGCGAAACCCCCAUUAUAGAGCUGUGGAACCUGGAGCACACCCCCUAUUUGGAUCGCGUUAUUCAUCUGCCACCCGAAUCUCCAGUGGAAUCUUUAUCUUGGGCAGGAAAUCGUCUGUUUUCCGUGGAUCUGACGGGUAAACUGAUUGAGUGGGAUGUGGUAAACCUAAAGCCACGCUAUGAGCACUCACCCACUGGAAAUGCCCUCUGGAGUCUCGAUGUCAACCACGCAGAAACUGAAAUCGCCGUGGGUUCCGAGGAGGGUCACAUCAACAUCCUGAGCAUUGAGAAUGACGAAAUCACCUAUAAAUCCCUCUUCAACAAGCAAAAGGGUCGCGUUCUCUGCAUUAAGUUCGACAAAUCAGGAACAAAAUUAGUUACCGGCACCGAAGGAUUUGUUCGCAUUUGGAAUGUCCUUAAGGGAACCACUCUCCACACAAUGACUCUUUCCGAAAAGGAUGUGAUUGUUUGGUCCCUGCAGGUGCUAUCGGAUAAUACCAUUAUUGCUGGCGAUUCCGCAGGAUUUAUAACCGUUUGGAAUGCAGAAAAUGCUACGCAAAUCGAUUGUACACGAGUUCUAGAUAAAAACGUAUUUGCUAUGGCUGUUAAUGAAAAAGAGGACCGAUUGAUUUGCAGUGGAAUGAAGCCACCUCUCAUUCGCAUUUUCAGCAAGACGAAGAUCAAGCGAGAGGAAUCCACCAGCGAGAGAUGGAUCAAAUUUCUGCAGCGAGAUGCCCACAAACACUAUGUGAAAUCCCUGUUGGUCAUAGAUGGUGAAAUAUUUUCUGGAGGAUUGGAUGGCAUAUUGACUGUCACCUCCAGCGAAAGGAUGUCUGCACAUCUUGCGCAGCACGCUCCUUUUCUUCAAGGAUCCGUAGCUUCAUUAGCCAUCAGUGAAAAGCUAUUGCUUCUACGUUAUCCCAACAGUCUGCACCUGUGGCGCUUGGGUUCUUCGGUUCCACGUGAAGCGGAAAAGAAGAAGCACGGCGUACAGCCAGUUGGUCACUCAGAGGAACUUCUUUUGGAACAACCUCCCCAGAAACUGCUUCAACUAAAUGUGAAAAAGGACAACUUCAUACAGGCUGCUGCCAUUUCACCAGAUGCAAACUGGAUUUGCUACUCUACUUUGAAGGAAAUGCGUCUAAAUCGUUUGGAGAGUGAUCCCCUGAAGGUGGAGCGUCUGUCGGAGGAUCUGCCCGAGGAACUCAAACCAGCCAGCCACAUUAUCUUCACGAAGCAAGGAAGACUGGCGCUUCUCGAUCCCCAAAAUAAUCAUCUUAAUUGGUUUAAUUUUAAUGAAGAUCAGCUUAUUUUCCAAAAUAGCAUCGAUUUGAGUGACCAUUGCAAGAGUAUCAUUAACCAUUUACUGGUUUCUUCAGAUGGCGAUUACAUUGUUGCGGGAACCUCGGAUAGAAUAAUAUCAGUUUGGAAACUACAUGGAAAAGAGUACAAGCACCUGCUGAACUUACCAAGACAUCGAGCAGGAACGACUGCUUUAUCCUUGCACGAGGGUCUUCCUCGGGUGGUGGUAGCCUACGCCAAUGGCCAGCUCGUGGAAUACGAUCUGGUUAAUCGGAUCUUUACCUGUGAAACUGAUGAGUACCUGAUACCGGACACCAUACACCACUGCAUAAGUGGUAUCACCUUGGAUCCAAGGAAUCCUAAUAUAUUUUUGGUUCAUACCGAAAGCAAUUUAUAUGUUUUGGAGAGAAAUGAGCAUGUGGAGCCAAAGGAGCAUGUGAUCGUUAACAAGUCGAAGAAGUUGUCAGACGGAAAGCGAUCCUCAGUUGAUGGCGAUUCAAAGGGUUUGAGCCUUAAAACGGAGCUGCCGCGACAGCACCUGGUGCACGUGUCUCGGCUGAGCUCUAACGAACUUGUCAACGUCAGCAUUUCGACAAACAAUCUGUUGGCUCCGCUGCCAAAGCCGUACCAGCGGAAGAAGUUUGGUGCCGGGUAAACGGAGCGCCGGAGGAUAAAGUGGAGUGGAGCGUCUCCACUUAGGUUUACCCAGUAGUUUCCACUUAGUUACCAAAUAAAAUCAAAAAAGUAGAAAACAA